UAGGCGUGACGGAGGCUAGCUCAGUAGCUAGUGUUCUCUCCUUAGCUCAGAGGCAAUUAACUAUGGCCUAUCUGGCUGCCAUCAGCACAGCCACAACAAUCCCUCUGUUCAUCAGGACCAAGGGUGACUUGCCUCAGCUUUCGUUCCCGGUAGUGGGUUCACUGAGCAGUGUACACCUCUAUGCUAACAACAUGAAGACUGCCCUGCAUAGCUGCUCCUCAGCAGGAUCUUUCGUCACCUGGAAAUGUUUCCAUGAUUGUGUGACGCUAAUCCUGGUGAGUGGUAACGAGGGGGGCGGGCAAGUUCAUCCCCACCAUCUCCUGGAGCUGCUGUUUGGAUCUCUUGUGCUGCUACUGGGACAGGGUGAGGUGGAGGGUGGGGACACUGAGACACUCAAGAGAAGCUGUAAGUGCUGCUAUCCACUGUUGGAUUCCAUCCUAGAGGGCUCCUCCCUUCUCUCCCCACUCACUCAGUGUCUGGACGUCAUGGUUUCCAGUCACAAAGACAUCCUCCUGAGGACACUGGAGGCAUUCACUGAAGCUGCUCAGAGCAACUUUGGUUGCCUCACUAUUAACGGGAGAGUCUGCGUCGCCACUGACAGCUGGUGGGACUUGAGCUCUCUGGAGAAAUGUCUCCUCAGUCUGUUUGUCCAGUCACUCCCUCCGUCCUGUGCCACUGACAUCCCAGUCUACUUGCCCCACGCCAGCAACAGGGUCCCUCAUAGGCUCCUCACCUUCACACUCUUAGAGGGUGUGCUGGUGAGUGUGCUGUGUAAUCCUAAACCUCCACUCUCGGCUGUUCAAGAACUAGUGUCCAGUUACUGGAGUCCAGUGAGCCUGGCACUCCGAGACUCCGCUCAACUCCAUCCAACUAACGUGCCCCCCUCCCUCAAGUUUGAGGUAGAGAUUGAGGCAUUUCUCUUGGUGAACCUAGAGGUACAGACGAGCCUGACUAGCCUGCGACCCCUCGGACUGCCCGUGAGGACUACACUCAGCGCUGGUUUUCAAGGAGAAAUGAGCCAAGAGAGAAAGCUCAAGUGCCUGUCACGUUUCUUUAGGAGCACAGUUGAUAAUCUCCUACCCCUGCAUACUGGGGACUCUACCGAUGGUACAGAGGUCACUACCCUGAGGGGAAGGGUGUCCCACAAGAUCCUGGAGACAUACACUCAUGCUAAGGUAGACCCUCGGCUAGUCUGUGUACUGUGUGUGUACUGUACACUCAUGCUAAGAGGUACAAGGCUUACGCUGUUCACAGAGACAAGCACAACCUGUUUGUCAUCUUCUCUCCCUCUACGACAGCUUUUGCACUAAGGAAGAUGGCCCUCAACCUUCUGGACUAUCUGACAAACACCCACGAAGUACUAACUGGUUAAUGACUGCAUUCACUCCAUUAUUGCUCCCCAUUAUUCGUGUGUACUUAUAAUUAUUUGUUCUCCAUUUCCAUCAGUCACAUUUUUUAUCAUAAAAGUAAAUCAUGAA